AUGGCCGAAGUCGGGGAGGACAGUAGCGGGGCGCGGGCUCUGCUGGCGCUGCGCUCGGCGCCCUGCAGCCCCGCCGCCGCGCCCCCUCCCGGGCCGCCGCCCCCGGCCGCGCCGCCCGCCGCCUGCACCGGGCCGGUGCUGGCGCGGCUGCAGGGCCGCGAGUUCGAGUUCCUCAUGCGGCAGCCGGCCGUCACCAUAGGCCGCAACUCCUCGCAGGGCUCGGUGGACGUCAACAUGGGGCACUCCAGCUUCAUCUCGCGGCGGCACCUGCAGCUCAGCUUCCAGGAGCCGCACUUCUACCUGCGCUGCCUCGGCAAGAACGGCGUCUUCGUGGACGGCGCCUUCCAGCGCCGCGGCGGCCCGGCCCUGCAGCUCCCGCCGCAAUGUACUUUCCGAUUCCCUAGCACGGUUAUAAAAAUCCAGUUCACAUCUUUAUACCAUAAAGAGGAAGUAAAAGAGGAAGCCUCAACACAUCCCCUUCGGCCACUUUACCCUCAAAUAUCACCUCUGAAGAUCCACAUCCCGGAGCCGGAUCUCCGGAGCGUGGUCAGUCCCCUCCCGUCCCCCACAGGCACUAUCAGUGUUCCCAACUCUUGCCCAGCCAGUCCACGUGGUGCUGGAUCCUCAGGAUAUCGUUUUGUUCACAACAUUACCUCGGAUCUGCAGCUGGCAGCAGAGUAUGCGGCAAAGGCAGCCUCAGAGCAGCAGGCAGAUGCAUCUGGCGGGGACAGCCCAAAGGAUGAAUCCAAGCCACCCUAUUCCUAUGCUCAGCUGAUUGUGCAGGCCAUAUCUUCAGCACAGGACAGGCAAUUAACACUAAGUGGGAUCUAUGCCCACAUUACCAAGCAUUAUCCAUAUUACAGGACUGCUGACAAAGGCUGGCAGAAUUCCAUUCGGCACAACCUCUCCUUGAACCGUUACUUUAUUAAAGUCCCACGCUCCCAAGAGGAGCCUGGAAAGGGCUCCUUUUGGAGGAUUGACCCUGCCUCUGAAGCCAAACUUGUAGAACAAGCAUUUAGAAAAAGAAGGCAAAGAGGAGUGUCCUGCUUCCGAACACCUUUUGGGCCUCUCUCCUCCAGGAGUGCUCCUGCCUCCCCUACUCACCCUGGCCUGCUGUCCCCUCACUCUAGUGGCCUACAGACUCCAGAGUGCCUGUCACGGGAGGGCUCACCCAUUCCACACGAUCACGACUUUGGGUCAAAGUUGGCCUCAGUUCCAGAGUAUCGCUAUUCCCAGAGCGCACCCGGAUCUCCAGUGAGUGCCCAGCCUGUGAUUAUGGCUGUUCCUCCCCGACCAUCCACCCUGGUGGCCAAACCAGUGGCCUACAUGCCAGCAUCCAUAGUGACUUCCCAGCAGCCCUCGUGCCACGCCAUCCACGUUGUUCAACAAGCCCCCACUGUCACCAUGGUCCGGGUGGUGACCUCCUCUGCAAACUCUGCAAAUGGAUACAUCCUCACAAACCAGGGCACAGCAGGAGGAGCUCACGAAGCUGCAGGAGCAGUGUUGGACUUAGCUGCUGACCACCGAGGCAUGGACGAGAAGCCAACGAUCGCGUUUGCCACCAUCCCCACGGCCAGCCGUGUCAUCCAGACAGUGGCCAGCCAGAUGGCCCAGGGUGUCCCUGGGCAGACUGUCACCAUCCUGCAGCCGGCAGCCCCUGUGGCCCUGGGGCAGCACCAGCUCCCAGUGCGGGCAGUGACCCAGAACGGCAAACACGCCGUGCCCACCAACAGCAUCGCCGGCAGCGCCUACGCUCUUACAAAUCCACUGCAGCUCCUUGCAGCCCAGGCCAGCUCGUCCACUCCUGUUGUGGUCAGCCGGGUGUGCGAGGCAGGGACCGAAGAGACGGCAGCAGCCUCGUCCAGCGAGCCUGAGGCGAAGAGAGCACGGCUGGAGGAGCCCAGUGCAGCAGUGCCAGCCCAGGCUGCAGUCAUCACACCCACAGUGCCACAGGGACAGGCAACCAGUGAAUGAAGAAGCGGUGGGAGGAGCUGGAGUGAUGGCGGGGUGGGCAUGGGAUGGCAGGAGCCCUAAAGCAGCUUUCACAGGAAACCAACCACAACUGUAACAGCUCAAAACACAGCUGAUAAAGAGCUCUUUUUAAAGGCAGAUUUUUUUCAAUGGGAGGACAACAGCUCUUAUAAUCACAAGGUGCCAAAAAGAAUGGAAAAUCCCUCCCAAGAACCCAUAUCUGGAACUCUGUUCUGUCUCUACUUUUUUUUUUUUUUUUUUUAAGAUUCAAAAAAAUACAGACAACUGAUUGUAUGACUGCUGGGAUAUUUUUAACUAUCUUUUCCCCUUUUGGCUCCAAGGGGAUGGGAUUUGCAGUUCAGAAUCUAAAGGAAUGUAAUACAAAUACAGUCUGCUCCCUGGAAAGAAAACUCCUCACGUUCUAUGCCUUAAUACCAUGCUUCUGAGAGCUUUGAACCAUAGGACCAUUUUAAAAAGGUCACCUAAGGCAAUCAAAUGCUGAAAGAUGGGUGCAGUAUUUCACAACAACAUUAAAGAAACAUGGUACCAAGCUUAAAAAAAAAAGGCAAAUGAUUCUGGUUUUUUAAAACAGAAAAUUCUGAAUAUAAAUGUUUAUUUAUAUGGGGAUUCAGGAGGAAGAGUUACAGGGCUCAGCCACCUGGAUUUCCAGAUGAAAUUUCUUUCCAUUCCCUCUGAGGGAGAAUAGGAUGACAGAGGAACUGUAUUAACUUGGUUCCUGUAAAGAUGUUAAAAACAAAGGGGUUUGUAUCUUUACAAAUAAUUUCUUACAAUUAUUCAUCACUUGCUCUGGACAACAGCCGAAGUAUCUUGAUGCCUGAGGAUCCCAUGGGGAAGGGUGUCUCCAGGAGGCUCUGUGUGCAUUUGAUUGAUCACAGCUUGUGUGAAGCACCAGCUUUUGUUCAAAUUAGCACUGUAGGUGAAGGCAUGGCCACUGUCUUUGUGAACUUGAGAAAAUAUUGGUUGAUGUUCUGCACUAAAGCUGUCACCUUCACCUCUUGGUGGUGGUGUGGUUCUUAGCUUGAUGGACCCUGGUCAGGAGGUCAGAGCUGGCCCUCUUUCAUGGCUAACAGCAAAAUUCCUGUGUUACUCUUUGGAGAGGGAAGUUUAGGGCUUGGAUGAGAGGCAGCAGAGGUCAUACCAUGGUUCAUUCAAAUUCUGUCAGGGUGUAGUAGACCAAGGCAAAAGACUUCUCUUUUAUUUUCCAUGUGGCAAAACUUAUUGGAGGUCUUCCAACAGUUUUAGCAUAAUUGAUUUGGAGGUUUGCUUUCAUUUCUUGGCUCCCUCUCCCAUCUCUCCUGCCUUGAGGACCAUUUGGGUUGGCCAGUAGGAGGAGGCCUUUACUCAAACUGUGUUCCAGGCUCCUCACGCAGUACAAGGAUGUCUUUCAAGGAAGGCAGAUUUGACUUGUGACACCUUAUGACUGGCAAAGAAAUCCACCCCUGCCUGUAGGCUCCAGCAAACCCCUUUGGCUUUACACCCUUUGCAGUCCCCUUGGCUAACAUGUCUUCUGGCAGCACAGCAGAGAUUUUUUAAUUUAACAAAUGUUACAGCUUUGGUAAUGGCAAGAGAGACUUAAGAGGGGUGGGCUGUGCCUCUGGUGGGCUAUCCCCCAUCUGUACUGAUUUGCUGUCCUGUGCAGCCUGACAAGGCAGACAGGCAAAACCCACUGCAGAAACAUUGCAAAAAGCCCUCCCCAGUGUGCAGUAAAUGAUACUGUCAGCAUAUCCAUGGGGAUUAGGGGCAAGGCACAGCCCUUCACUGCCUGCUGGAAUCUGGGCAGGAAGUCCACAAGGUAACAGCUGGCAUCACUUGUUCCCUUCUAGGUUUCCUUUGUCUUUGCCAAAUCCUAUUCAAUAACCAAGUCCCACCACUUGAAUAAAAUCCAGACAUGUUUAAUUCUCAAGUCCAUUAUUUUGUGAGAAAUAUUGCUGAAAGAAGGAAAGAAUUUCUUGCUCUCAUGAUUUGCGGUUACUUUCUGCGGAGAGAGGCACAUAAAAUAUUCAUGACAGAUCAUUUAUCUCAGCUGGGCUUUCAGAAUUCAGGUGUGUGCCCUUAGUGACAAGUUAUUAGAUGGGAUUUUAGUACUUUGAAAUGGUUUUGUGAAGGAGGAUUGUUAGAGACCACAAAGUAAUUGAAGCAGGCUGGCCUCCAGCUGUCCCUUCUCCCGCUAGGAAGGCGAGGUGUGGCGCAGCGGAAAAGCACAGAGAUUAGCUCUGUUUUCUGUAGCCUUUUCAAAGCCAGGAGUCAAUAAAAUGAACUUCUAGGCAGAAGGCACAAGUGAGAGUGCAGCACAGUCUCUGUGAUGAAUCAUUACUUUCGGGUGACUGCUGGUUUAGGUACAGGCACGCCUCUGAAACAGCCCCGAGGCUCGGGAGCACUCCGGAAGCACAGGACUCCUUGGGUUUCCAGAAUGUUGGGUGAGUCAGAGCAAGAUGAAAAACCAACAGAAAACUGUUCAGAAUGUGGAGCUGCCAAGAUUCUGUGGAUUUUUCUUUGCUGAUGCUUUUCUCUUGAAGAGUCUAAGUAAUUAAAACCUGAACUUCUGUAAACUAAUCCAGCACCAUAGAAAGACAUCAGCUGAGUGACAAUGUUUUCAUCCACCAUAAAGCUGCUGCUUUGUAGAUACCUCUUGAAAGUCCAUCCUCAGGUUGCGUGUGUAGAUCUGCCUCCUGAGUAUUUAGAACAGAAUAACACUUUCUGUCUCUUCUUUUUGUGGCUCACAAUGCCUGCUGGUUCAAAUGGGAGUUGAGUAUAAGCAAACAUCUUUGUUCUGUUCACCCUUUCUGCUUGAGAUGUCUGGAGCUUGUCAGUUCACCCUGUCAGGGGGUUUUUGCUCUAUCAGUCUGUUGCAUCCCUCUGCUGCUGUAGGAAGCAGUCCUGCCACUUGCAGAUUUUUUUGUAGGUUUGGCUAAACAUUGCCUGGUACCAGGUAAAAUAACUGUUCCUGCUAAAUCGUGUUGAGAGCUGUGGAAAAGUGUGGUCCUCAUCCAGAACAUGUGAGAUGAAGACAUCUUCUUUCAGGCCUCCAGAUGAAUUCUUUCAGCACCGAUCAGUCUGGAUGACAGCACCAUUCUCUCUACAUACCAGUCCUGAUUCUCCAGGCUGCAGAGGUGUGGUGGUAGAAUUAAGUCUUCAACUAGAAAGAAAAUGUUUACCUUAAUGGUUAUAUGCAGUGCUCAGAUUAUUUUAAAUUUAUAAUCUGACUUGUUUUUAUUGUCUAAAAAGUUGCAUCUCCUCUUUGAUUACAUUAACUAAAGGUUUAAGGGGAAGUGAAGGUGGAGGUUUCACUGGAUUUUCUGCUCUCUGUGUAAUGAAGGUCAAGGCAUAUUGAAUAUUUAAACUGCAAUAACUUGGACCUGGGAAAACUGUAAAAGCAAGUUCUUCAUGUGUGAAUUCACUUUCCACCAUUCCCUAUUGAUUUUUUUUUCACCUUAGGCAAUGACAUUGACUAAUUUUACUUUGAUCACAGUUAGUUUAUAGCAACUUUCUUUGCCCCAGUUUGCAAGAGUUGAAUGCAGUCGUUCUUUGUUCUGUUCCACUGGAAUUCCAUGUUGUUUGUCUUGACCUUGGCUCUUAUGAUACAGAAAGCUUUAUAGAGAAAGAUCAAUUUAAUCUGAUUUAGUGAUAACACAGCACAGUGCUGAGCACAAAAUUGAAGUUCAUGAUUAGCUCAUAUAUUCUUUUCAACUCUUUUUCCUUCCCAUAUUCCUCCCUCCCCCAUACCAUUAACACUGUCCCCUGUAGCAUAUCCAGUCAUUUUUAUCCACUGACAGGAGCAGCACCUUGCAUUAAGCUCUGCCUGAGGACUCAAGAAUGAAAAUACCUGUGGAAUACAUGGAGCUCCAGAACAGGUUGAGAAAGGUCAUUUUGGUCGCCCUGAAUGAAUUUUCAUGCUGUGUUCUAGACAUGUUACUGUUGGGCAGAGCUUAUUCAGGAGAGUGUUUUCAGAGACAUGUUAAAGCUUUGUAAGGAAAGAAAUAACAGCUCAAGCUCUUACAGUGCUUCUGCCAUCAAUGUCAUGGUCUAGCAUCAAAUUUUGGGGGGAGUAAACUUGAUUUUGCAUGUUUUGUCUUUUGUACUGACUUAGAGCUGUCAUUCAGAGUUAAUUUCCACUUUUUUUUUCCUUUUUCAAUAGUGAAAUGCCCACAAUGGAAUAAAACUUGGAGCACAGAAGGCUAGGGACCUGUAUCUAAGCAAGUGAGAGCAUCUGACCUGAACUCUUUGCAGUGUGGUGUGGAACACUUCUCCCCGCCUGCUGGGGAUGUUCUGUUGGUGUUGGAACUUUUCAUCUGUGUCAGCAAGGGGGUAUUUGUUUGGUAUCACUGGUGUGUGCUAGUGUGCAAGUGAAUGUCAAAAUGUAGGGUGAAGGAGAAGUGUUUCCCUGGAUUUGAGGAUCUUGCAUUUCACCUAGUGGUAGUUCUGUACCUCUCCUUAGAGAAUCCACUCUCACCACACAAGGUGAAAACUUCUCAGCAACAUAAGAAGAAUUUCCCAUGCAGCUGCAUUUGUUCCUGACCUCUGAGGAGAACCCAGCUCUGCCUCUUCUGUGUGUUGCAAAUAGGAACUUGAAGAUUCCAGUAAGAUUUUUUCCAAUUUGUUCCUUCUCUUAAGGCUGAACCAGCCUGGUUGUCUUGGUCUCUUUUUAUCCAUCAGGUGGAAUUGUGCUGGGGAGCCCAAAAGCAGAGACAGUGCUGCAGACAUGAUCUGGGGAAUGCUGGAUGGUUGGAAGAGGAAUCCCUUCCCUUGGCCUGGUAGCUGCACUUCUGCCAGUACAGCCCAGUACCUGUUUGGUCUCUUGCUGCAAGGCAGAUGUAAAGUGUAAGGAACAAAUCACAGGGUGGACUGGAUUGCAUUUGUGCAGAGGCCACCAUGUUGUCUCUCUCUUCCAAGGAACAGUCCUAGCUUGGGUCUUUUUGAGCAGGAAGCAGCACUGAAGGACCCUGAUCACUUUUAAAGAUACCUGUGCUUAAUCUUAUCAAGUGAUAGUUUCAAUCCAAUGUGGAAAUUGCCUUGAGUUUCUACCUGCUGCAAAAUCUUUGAGGUUUGUUUUAAGUCCUGCUGCUAAUAAGUUGGACUAGGGCAUUAAGAAUGAACCUCUAAAGGAACAGGGUUUCAUAAUUUUGCCCUUGCUGCACACUGAGUUUUUGAGUUUGCAGAUGCCACCCUGCAGUAAAUGAUCUGUCUUCUCUUGCCAGCCAGUCUCUUGGGCAGCUCCUGUUUCUGCUCUUCAUCAGUUUUUCCCCUCUAUUUGUAGUUACAUCUGUCAACUCCAGAGUUCUUUAAUCCACCUCCUAAUUUAAUUCCAUUGCUUGAAGGUCUGCAUCUGGCUAGGAUUCUUGUGUCAGGUUGCAGUUACACGAGUAAACAAUCUGUUGUAGAACUUUUUGUGUCCUUCUGGGUGAAAAAUGAUGCCCAAGCUGCUGCUACUAUAGCAUACACACUACUGCUGGAAAGUGUAGCUUCCAAAGGAGCCAGCUGUGCUGCAGAGAACAGGUACACUACAAGGUCAUCUGGGCUGCUGGAGCUGAUGCCUUCUUGCAUGUUGAUCUGCACCUGAUCAAAACAUGGCUGGGGAAUCUCUCUCUGGGCUGGGAUGUGUUAGAUCAGCACCUCUCUCUGCUGGGUGGGUUGUUUGCAGGUCAGUGCACGUGUUUGUGCAUGCAGGUGUGGGUGGAUUCCCAUGCCAUGACCAGCAGUGGGAAUUCUGUAGCUCUGAGAGUGGGCUUUCUCUGUUAGGGUGUCUUUCACAGGGCAGCAAUACACCAGGGAGCAUUUUACUUUGGCCUGAGCAAGACAUUUUGAAAAAUACUUGGUUUUCUUGGAGCACUAUAUUUAAAUUCCAAAUUUUGAAUCAAUUUGUGACGUUUGUAUUUAUAUGUUUGGAAAAUUCUUUUGAUACCUUUUCAAUUUACCAACACUGAAUUAAAACCUUUCAGAAUGUA